AUCUGUAUUUGUACGAGUACUUCUAAAUCUGGCGUUUAAACUGUUGAAGGAGAGAGAGAGAGCAUUGACGAUUUAGCUGGUGGAUACUGGUGUACUGUAGGACAUGCCUCUACCUUGCCAAAUUGAGCCAUGUUUUUGUCCAAUUGGUUCCAAUCUAGUAAUAUUGUCUUUGGGGGAAAAAAGAGUAUUUAUAUUGGUCACUGGAGCCUCUAAUGUUAACAAAACAGCCAUGUACUAUUGAUCUGAUAGCUUGUCACGGUGUUAUUUGAGAUAUGGUUGUUGUGUCCCAUGCAUGAGUCUUUUUGAUUUGAUUCCAAGUAUAAGUGACAGAUGAAGUUAUGACUAGCACUAACUUCUCCACCACUUUGAAUAAGAAGGUAUAAGUCUCAACUCUUUCUCCCCUGUAGAGUUUGUAGGUCAAGGUUCCUGUUAGCAUUUAGGUGAUAGAUUCUGGGAUUUGAGAUCUUAAAUUAGUCAAGUGUGAUGAUUGUAGCAGCUCAGCUUUGAAUGCAUUUGAGCUUAUUUAUGUCUGUUUUAAGGUAUGCAUCCAAACUACUUAUUUUCUAAACAACUCCAGGCUUGGAGGUUGUAAAACUUUUACCCUACUCAUACUCAAACUCAGCCAUGUUUGUUUUGAGUACAACUCUGAGCAAGCUUUGAAACAUACUUGAAAAAUCUUGAACAUGAGAAUAAUUUUAUAAGUUUUUUGACCUUCACAUUGAGUAUGAGUACAAUAUGAGUGUGAGUAUGAAAACGUGCUCAAAAAAGUUUUAUAACCCCCAGGCCUGAUAGGUUGAAAAAAAGCAAAGAAGGCCUUUUCCCCUCUCAAAAUUUUUCUUUUCUAAAACUGAAUGAUGUGAUUCUCAGUCAUUCAGACUCUUCAUUUAAUCUAAUGAAACAGGUGGUGUGUUCGCAAAUCAACAUGAUGCAGACAACCGCUUGGUUUCACUUUUGAAAUGAAUACUAUGUAGUUCUGUCAAGAUGCUGUUCUACUUGUGUUUCACAAUCUGAACAUGGUUAUUCCAUCUUCCAACUCUAUUGUAGAACGAGGAUUUUCUCAACUCUAUUGUAGAACGAGGAUUUUCUCAACUCUAUUGUAGAACGAGGAUUUUCUCAACUCUAUUGUAGAACGAGGAUUUUCUCGUGUUCAACAUUGUAACAAAGAAAAGUAAACAUCCUAAAUGAAAAAAGUAAAAACUCUUUUUGCAUUUGUUAAAUGAAGACCUAUCAUAAGAAAAUAACUGACAACUUCAAUGUUUUAAGAGAAAGCCCAGGCCUUUUGUGAAAAAAAUAAAAUCACUGAUGGAUCUCUUAAAAUAUUCAUUGCAUUUUUACUUAGUAAACAAAUAAACCAUCUAUUUUAAAGUGAUCUACUUUUUCAUAAGGGACUUCACAAAUUAUAAAGCGUAAACUGACCGAAACUAGGAUACACUGGUAUAAUAUGCCCCAAAAUUAAAUUCGUUCCUCAAGUAUUCAAAUAAUUUUAAAACCAGUUCAAAUUUUUCAUGGGAAUAAAGAUUUCUUAAAAAUCUUAAAAAUACAGCUGAACAAGAGCAGGGCCAAGGUGACCCUGGUGAGUAGUGUGACCCAUGGACCUCUUGUUUUAAAACUGGAUUUGUUUUGUCAUCUGACAUUUUCAAUAUGAUCAUUUUCCAAGGUGACAGCAGGUUCUUGAGCAGUUAUUAUAUCUAUGUCAGUCAUUAGGGUUCAAUUUCAUUAUGUUUUAAACUGGUUUUCAUUGAUUGUUUUAAAUUAUAAUUAUCUUGCCACAAUAAAAAAAUAAUCUUAUUUUCAUAUAGUUCCAAUGGUGUUUAUUAUAAUUGCCUUUGAUUAGUUGAAAUUAAAGUUGAACAAGAAUUUACACAUCAAUAAAUCCAAAAAUGUGAUGUGCUCGUAUGCGUCUGAAAACAAAUAACAAUGUUCAGAGACUCUGCGAGGAAACUAUUCAAAUAUUUGAUACAGGGAACAAAUUUGAAUUACAAGAAUCAAACACUCUUUUUAAAGAAUUUAUCAAUAUGUAAACUCUGGACAUUUUACCCACAAACUUAACAUUAAAAUGCUUUGCACUUCUAUUCAUUUUGUGAGUAAAACAUCCAUAGUUUAGUUAUUUUGCACAUCGAUAAAUUCUUCAAAAUCCUGUAAUUGUUAAUAUGCAUAAAUGUGAAAUACGAAACAAGAAAUAAGAAUAGUGUUCUCAUUUUUCCAUAUAAUUUUUAUCUUUUUUACUGAAUUAAAAAAUAUUGUAUAUUAGUGGAGAUACUGACUCUUUUUAUGUCUCAUUCCAUUCUGACAUUUAUUGGCCUCCCAUAUUGACUUAGUAAAGAUUUCUAAAGGUGUUAGCACACAAAAUGCAAUCCUUUAUAACCAAUGAUUUUUUUUUUUAAGUAUUAAGGCAAGGUUUGCAACAACAGGGAGACAACUCUUGAUAUUCCUCGGUGCACUUUGCGCUUUAUGAUGUCAUAAUGAAGAAAUGCAUCAUGACAUGCAGGAGCUUUCAAAUGUAGAAAACGCAACUAAUAUGAUCACAUAAGAAUAAAAGAGGAGUCUUCUCUAGUGUAUCUUAAAUUAUUCUUAGUUUUGUCUAAGGAACAUAUAAUGGCAUGGAUCUUGUCGACAUAAAAACUAAAAACAGAUUUGUUAAGUGUCAUUUUUACUAACUUUACAUUAAUUCACCCACCCACACCCUAGAUCCGCCACUGACCGGGCUUUAAAUUGUCGUGAAGGUUACAUGUAAACAAACAUCAAGCUAUGGAACAAGAAAGGGGAAUUUAUUUCAAAGUAGUAUAUAAGACAGGUUUGGGCUAAUGAAACACUGAAUUUAUGACGAAGCGGGACCAUGGAAUACCCGCCGGGAAAUUGAAGAUAUCAUAGAUAAUGCAUUGUAUUGAAUUUAGAAACAAACAAAACACCAAACAUCUUAAUUUCUAAUAAAUGUGAUACAUGUGCUACAAUACUUGACAAAUGAAUACAAGUAUCAUUUAUCAUUUUUGGGCUUGAAUUGUAUUUUGUUCAUGUAAAUGCUCAAUGCAGUCUUCAAAAGUUUUACAAUUAUAAAACAAAGUGACAAAUAGCAUAAAUGAAAUAAUUCUUUUUGAUCUAUUACAUGUGCCAUGGAAACAAAGUCUGAAUUUGCACCGAAACAUCUGCAUUGAUGAUAUGACAAAGAAGAGGAUGGAGGCUCACAAGGUUUUCACUCAUUCCAUAAAGUUCCUGGUCACACACUUGUUUGAUAGACUGAAGUCAGCUUUUCCAGACAUAGUCCUAGAUGACAUACAGUUUGUGUUGACAGUACCAGCUAUUUGGGACGACCCCUCCAAACAGUUCAUGAGGGAAGCGGCAACAGCAGCUGGAAUUAAUGCCAACCAGUUAUCAAUCGCCCUGGAACCUGAGGCUGCCUCCAUCUACUGCCAACACAUUCCAACAGAAGUGGCUGUGUCUGGCAACAGCUCUUUCCUUAAGACCGCCAAACAAGGGAGCAAGUACAUGAUAGUGGAUCUGGGAGGUGGCACAGCAGAUAUCACUGUACAUCUGAGAUCAGGAGAAGGUGUACUGGAUGAAGUGAGGCCUGCCAGUGGGGGGCCAUGGGGAGGGAAAUCUGUAGAUGACAAAUUUGAAAAGUUUCUGCAAGAGGUCCUAGGAAAAGAAUUGAUGGAGGAAUUAAGAACAGAGAAUAUGGAAGAUUAUCUGGACUUGUUUCGAGAAUUUGAAAGCAAAAAACGAAAUAUUGCAUCUGUGAAGACGGGGAAAGUUCACAUGAAAGUGCCUCUAGCUUUGCAGACCCUGACAAAGAAGAAACUGAAAAUGUCUGUGUCAGAUAUUUUGAAAGAUUCCAGUUAUAAAGAAUCUGUUCAUUUUGCCAAUAUGAAACUACACAUGGCAGUAGAUGUUUUUAAAGACCUAUUUAGACCUACCAUAGAAGGAAUUAUAAAACAUUUGAAAGAUGUAUUCAUGGAGAAAAAUGUGCGUGAUGUGGAGACAAUAUUAUUGGUUGGAGGGUUUUCUGAAUGUGAACUUGUUCAAAAAGCUGUUAAAGAUAAUUUUAAAGAUAAAAAAGUGAUUAUACCUGAAGAUGCAGGACUUGCUGUGUUGAAAGGGGCAGUGUAUUAUGGUCACGUUCCUAAAACUAUUGGACGCCGUGUGGCAAGGUACACGUAUGGCAUCCAGAGUUGGCCAGAAUUUGAUCCGAACAAGCAUCCGGAGGCCAAAAAAGUCAUGAUUGGAACUACACCAAGAUGUCGAGAUGUGUUCUUUAAGUAUGUGACCAAAGGUGAAAUGCUGACCCCUGGAUAUCGAAGAUCACAGAUUUUCCAAGCUUUGAAGCCAGACGAAGAGUGUUUGGAGUGUGCUAUUUAUGUGUCGGAUGAAGAAAAUCCAGUUUUUGUGGAUGAUCCAUCAUGUAGAAAGCUUGGCACUCUUAGAGUUCCUCUACCAAGGGUGUCUAUGGGUUGUUCUCUGGAAAUUGAGGAAACCAUGAUAUUUGGAGACACUGAAGUUGAAGUGCAGGCUCGAGAUAUAUACACCAACCAGCAAUGUGAAGUUUCCUUUGAUCUUCUGAGUAACAAUGUGGUUCAGAAUGGAAACAGCUAACUGAUAAUGUACUGUAUGUACAUUUUUUUUUUUUAAAUAUUUUUUCUACAUUACCGAGUAAAAUCAACAAAGUUGCAUGUAAUUUUUCAUACUUGGAUGUAAUUUUUCAUAUAUAGUUUUUAGAAAAGUGAAAUAUAAGCAUGGUAUUUCAAUAAUGAUUUUGAUUUGAAUUGAACUGAAGUGGAACAUUUUUUUUUAUGUGUGGCAUUCCAGAGUCCUUGAAAAAGGGAAUAUUUUAAGAUGUUGUAACAGUGUUUGAAACUCGCUGUAAAAUAUCUAGACAUGCAGGGCUGAUGCUUGUAAAAAUUGUAAGCCCAGCCCUGAGAAAAUUACUGCCAUUAUUGAAAUUGCUUUUAUCAAUAAAUAUCUUCUAAUAAAAGUGAUUAUGUGACUUUGAUCCCGAUCAUAUAUAAUUUCAUAAAGCCCCUUGGCUUGUUCCAACUUUGUGACCAGUAUGAUAACUAGAUUUGAUACAUCUAAAUUUUAUUAAGCGGAUUUUUUAACAUGUCUGGUCAGGCAACUGUACAAAGAAAUGUGUUCCCCCGCGGCAAAAUUUAUGCGUCUCGGGUGGUCUGGUGCAGUUAUUUCAAACACUAGUUGUAAAUAUAUAUUGUAAAUGGCAGAACUGAUGUAAAUAUUUAUUUGAUUUCCUUUAUACUUGAAACGGUAAAAAAUAUUAAUUAAAUUCACCUAGAGAUGGGUAUUUGUAAAUUGUUUAUAGUUCUAUAAUUCAAGAAAAAUCACCUAGCAAAAUACCUGGUAAGUGCUUCAUGUAUAUGUAAGGUGACCUUUGAAAAAAUUUCCAUUUUGUGUUUCAGGGAUUAGGAACCACAUGUCCUUCUCCUUUGAAUUACAUAGUUUAAUAUGCCUCAUAUUUCUGAAUUUAGACACAAGGCACCAGGAUCUUGAAACAUCUUAAAACUUUUAGUAAAAUCUUUAUAAAUCAUAUAGUAGUCAAACAGUUUUCAAUAAAAUGUUAAAAAGAUUAAUGUGAAAUCACCAUUGUUCGUAAAGGAUCAGUGUUCUUGGAUUUCGUGGGACACCCUUACCGAUGUAUGGAUUUACAUCCCCACGAACAUUGAUACAACAUAAUUUUAAGUUUCUAAAGCCAGAAAAUUUAAUCCUGAUUGCUUAAGAUCUCAUUUGUCACUCUUGAUCUUAUAAAUACGAUAAAUGUGUUGUUUAUUUCAGAGAAAAAAAUAAUUUCAUCAUCAUUAUAACAUUACAUAUACAAUGUAUAUAUAAUGUAAAUAUAAGCAUAAUUAAUAAUCAAAGUAAGUCCAACAUUACGGAAAGCGUCUUUGAUUGUGUCAGUUUUCUGUGCAAUUUUGGAUUGGUUGAAGUUGCCCAUAAAAUUAUGUGCCCAUGAAUCAGUAAAAUUUUGGUUUCCCACGAACAGUGAUUAUUCCACAGUAUGCCACCAGUGUGAUUGUUUUACAUCUCUUCCUGAAUAUUUCACUCAUUGAGACAUCUCCAGCUGUAGGUGAAGUACCACAAAUUUAGACCUACGCUUAACACUCGGGGCCGUAGCAAUGAGGGUUCUCAAAUGUGUCAACACCUGCUGCGACACAGGAUCUCUGCUUUUAAGGUCAUAUCCGAAAGACCCGUGAUUCUCACUUCUAAAUGGUUUGACUCAGCCAUGGCACGAGCAGGGCUUGAUCUUAUAACAUCAGGUUAUGAAGUUAACACUCUACCACUGAGCUAUUACGACUAGUCCAGUGUGAUUGAGUUACAGUUUCAUUGCUAACAAGCAUCUAAUAGUUUCAUGAUCCAGGGGCCUGGUGUACAUGUAUGUAAAUUGUGAAAGAUAUGAUUAAAUGAUUUUAUCCAUAUGACAAUAUAUUCCUUAUAGAUUAAACUUUUAUUAUAAAUUUGAUAACUUCAAGCAUUCUUGUAUAUAUGCAACUCUCUUUAGUUUUCAAAGGUUUGCUUUUCAAAUUUUUAGUUAAAAAAGUUAUCAGCACUUGACAUGAGUGAUAAUUGUGUUGGUCUGUAUAUGGAUGGGUUCAAUAUAUGUAGGCAAUUAUUUGAUUAUUUUUAGACAGCUUGAAAACUGCAACAAAAUAAUAGUGAUUGAGUUUAUGUAGUUUGAAUCUUUAUGCCCCUCUAGUUGGAGAUUUGGGAGCAUACAGUUUUGUCUAUCAUGUGUAUACUUUGUGGUGACACCUUUCUUUUGGUAUCCAAAUUUUUGUCUUUGUGACCUGAAUGGUUAGUGAUGUGGCUUUCAUAUGUGUAUUUCUUGUGACAAAACCUUUCUUUUGAUACCAGAAUAUUUGACCUUUUGAUCUUCACCUUGGAGUUUGACAUACUAUUAACCUUGACCAUAACUUUUGAAUUGUUAGUGAUAGGGCUUUCUUAUUUCACAUAAUUAUGUAUAUCUGUUGACAAGACCUUAAUGUAACAACAUUUUUGACCUUGGAGUUUGACCUAAUUUUGAAAAACUUUAUCCUUUGUCAUAACUUUUGAAUGGUUAGUGAUAGGGCUUUCAUAUUUCACAUGUAUUCCUUGUGACAAGACCUUUCUUUGGUACCAUUGCUACUUUCCUGCCAGAAGGGGGCAUCAGUUUCACAAACACAUAUUGUUUAAAGCUGAUUUCAUAAAAAAAAAAUUUUUUGAUUAGUAAAAGAUAAAGUACUCUGUUACAUUUUCAAAAGAUUUCAACAUCCAUUCUAUGAUGCAUGUCACAUUUAAAAACCUUCAGGUAUUCUGAUUUGACAUCGAAUCUUUUUGUGUGACCCUUUGAAAAAAAAAGCGGGACAUAUUGGUUUGCACCUGUUGGAUAGUAGUCCAAGCCAUAUGCUCAAUAACUUGAGAACUCUUUACAUGAAAAAAUCAAACUUGUACCCCAAAUGAGUAGAUGACCUUCAAUGAUUUGAGGUCACAAGGCCAAAUGUCUGGGGUUAAAAUAUUCCAGAGAGAAGAAAAUGUUGCCUGCUCAAUAUUUUGAGAAUCCUGUGCUUGAUAGAUAUUAAACUUGGUUCACUAGUAGAUUAUCCCUAUUGAAUUUUGGGUCAAAGGUCAGGGUUAAAUUACUACAAACAUAAAGUAUUGGUAAUCAAACUUGGUUUACCUUAAGAAGUAGAUAAUUGUUAUUAGUUCCCUACCUUUCUGUCUAUCUGUGACAAAUGAGUUUUUCAGACUUUUUUCAUUGUGAUUUGAUUUUGGAAGCUGAAAUUUGUUAUGUGAUUAUGAUAUCUGAUCAAGUGUAAUUAGUUACAGUUGGUAUUUUUACAAGAUUUAUGGGAUAUUGUGUCAUGUAUCAUAUUUAGUAAUGAGUAGGUAAGGAUUGUUUCACUUUUUUUUCCUCUUUUUUUUUUUAUACGUUUGACUUGCUUUAACAGAAAUUGAAAGACUUAGUUUCAUGGUCUACUGAAUUUAAUUCUUGUGUUCUUGUUUAGUUUUCUGUCUACUUUUUUAUUAUUUGAGAUUCAUAUAAUCAUGAAAUAAAUAUUUUCCAAUUA